GCCAAGAGCAGUCGACCGAGUGCAAAAUGACAGCUCGGUGUCAAUUUUAGUUUCUGUGAGUUUGAUUUCAUGCAGUUUUUCGGUUUUUCACAAAUAAAAAAGUUCCACCUUUGCAAAACACACUCAACGUUGAAAUAAUCUGUGCGAUGCACAAACAUUCUUGAAUUUCAAACACAAAUUUACCAGACGAAAUUGUUCAGUGCAAAACAACUGCAAAAUAAAUAGCAAAUACAAAAAGGUUAGGGAGAAUUUUCUCUGCCCCUUCUAACCGGCGAGACGAUUUCAGUUUCCGGGAAGUUUCAAAUUGCCGCUCCCCCUGUGGGGAUCUCACGGUUUUCCUUUUAAAAGUUUUAAUAUGAACAACAAACUGCUUUUUAAUGCGGAUUCAGUGGCCGAAACUACUUGUUCCCAAAACAUCACGCAGUACGACUUGGACAACGAGCUCACUCAGCGCAAGCAUUUCGUACGAGCCGUUUUAAGACAAAUUUUAAAUUCACGCCGGCUUCUAAUAGAUCAUGUUGAGUGUCUAGAGAACAUAUUAUUCGAAGUGGAACUACGCAUUUCAAAAUUCGAAUUCUUCACAUUGGCGAACGCUUCGUUAGUCGGUUCUUUGGCUAUUCUGCUAAAUGUUGCCGAGAGUGUAAUAAGGCCAAUAAGAUUUUGUGCAGCUUUGGUUGGAAGCAGCUUUGGAGCGCUGUACUUUUACAAAUGCGUAAUGAAGGUGCAGAAUGUGCAAAUCCAAAAUCGAAUAGAAGAAUUGAUCCAGUGCAUAAGAAGUUUCGGAAAUGGCGUAAAAAAAAAUAUUUCAUACUUUAAUGAAUUACUAUUCAUGAGGAGUGGGAAAGUGACAAUUGAGGAUAUUCAUUACAAGAGAGCUUGGGGCUGCAUACAAGCCAUAAAAACGGUGACAGAGACGUUAUUUUUCGCUACUCGCCAUUUAGAGGAGAGCUUUCCACUUUCUUCUUAUUUGAAUGAUGUGUACUCUCCAAUUGAAGAUUUGAAUACGUGUCAUUACUUUACUCGACAACUCAUGGAAUUUAGUCCACAGCACAUAAAGGACUUCUAUAAUAUCUUCGCUUACAUACAGUCACAAUUCCUGCUUCGACUCGCUUUAUCGACUACAGAUAGUUCCUCGUUCGAGUACUUAGAAAAAGAUCUUCCGAAGUUAGUCAAACAAAUCAAAAAGGUGCUAAUGGAAGAGGAAAAAAAUUUCCUUAAAAUUGCCUCGACUCUAAAGCAGAGACGUGCAGAGGAACGCUCGAAACUUCACAGGACUAUACAAAACAACCAAACAGCACCAACAUCAGUUUUAAAAGAUAUAUCCCUUAAACUUACUUCUAGCAUAGUUGCAGUGGCAGAGGAAUGUGAAAAGUUAGAUAAUUCUCUUCAACACAUUGUUGAUGAAGGAGGCGGUGAUGACGAGAGUCUGUCGAACUUGGAUAAGAAAGCAAAGCUGCUUGAUAUGGCCGAUUCUAUAAGAGCAGUGGAACUUUCUCUAUCGACCUGUAAUGAUGAUUUUCAACGCCUGAUGUUGAUUUACAAUAAGUACGUUUUAAAUAGAAUGGCGAGUAGUCAUGACGACAAAGACUCUAAAGAGUUAGUAGAAUAUGACGCCGAUGAUGAUUAUGAGCACUUGAAAGCACUUUCAUUAUCAGAUGUAGAUGUUGCUACCACCAGAGGCGACGAUUACUUUGCUUAUUCAUAUGAUGAUCAGGAAGAUGAGUUUGACAAUGAAAAGAAGAAUUAUGAAAAAUAUAGCGACUACGAGCUAUACAAUCUGGAUCACAAUGUGACGAAAAAACGUUUCAAACCUGUCCUGAAGCAGCUUAUCGACAAAAUCGACCCUAUUCGUGAAGACACGAUGAAGAAUGAACGGAAAAUUCUGGAGUCGAAGGGAAUCGAUGUGAAUAAGUUUUAUGGUGAAGAUUUUGCUGGUGGUGAUCGUAUUCGGCAUCAAGACGAACAAGGCGACUCAGAUGAAAGCGACGAAGUGGAGAAACGUGAACGCCCGAUUAGAACGGACCAGUAUAGUGAAUUGCGAGAGUUUCUCGCACGAAAGGGUCCAGUUAAAUUAUUCAGUCUCCCACAACCACCGGCAGGAGUAUGCGAGGAAGAAAUAAUUGAGUAAGGGGAGGGCGGGUCGCGAAGCUCCGAUGGCUACC